AUGGUUCUAAAAGAGCGAGUUAAUGAAAUCCCAAUAAACUCAAUGCAAAUAAUAGAUGAAUAUGUGCCGGAAUAUAAAGAAGUUGGAAAAGUCAUGAAAUACGUUCCUAAAUUCGAUGUUAAAGAACGCAUUUUAGAUGUUACAAUACCACGUUUGAAGUGGAAUACAAAAGAAGUCAAAGUUCCAGCCGUUAAAGAAGUUAUUCGCUAUGUUGAAUCUGACUCUUUAUUGGAAACAAUCACGCGAUAUAUGCCUGAUGAUGUCAGCUUUGAAGAUUUGGAUAAAGCUUCGCCUGAGAUGCAAGGUCAGUUACAAAAUGAAGAUCAAUCGAAAAAUGAAAAAAAGCCUACGAACGAUGUGAGCAACACAAAUGAAAAACCCGACUUAAUUGGUUUUAUUUCUAGUAGCGAUGAACCAAUCACCAUCGACGUUCCAGUUCCUUUCACAGUGCCAAAAGCCGUGUGCAUUCCGAUAGAAGUUCCUGUUCUCAAAUUUGUCGAUAGCUUCGUGCCGAUCGCAGUUCGUAGACAAGUUACUCCCAAACUUUCUUUUACUACAGACGUAUAUGGUGUUAAAUGCACUCGAGAAAAACCAGUUUUAGUAGUUGAAGACAAGCUAGUUCCAGUUCCAGUGGAUAUUUCUUUACAGGUUAUUGAAAAAGAUAUCAAUGUUAACCUUAUCAACCCUAGCACCUUUAGUAAAGCUGAUAUGCAAGCCUUAUGGAUGCGAGCGGCCGCUGAUCAACUUGAAGUAUAUAAAGAAGAACACGGUGGUAAACUGCCUCCAGAGAUGCGAGUUGACCCAAGUCUUAAAGUGCAACCCGAUGACAACCACUGGUGUUCUGUGUUACAAGCACAAGACAAAAAAACACAAGAAGAAAACGAAGAAGAAAUAUUCGAUAACGUGCUUCCUAUCGAUGGAAAUCAUCCUCUAAUAACAACAUGGCUUCAGUCUCAAUGGAUGAACUGUCCUACUACAGAAAUCCACAACAUGUAUUCACCGGAAUUUUUCAGACUUCACGGCUCUGCCUUAUCUUCGUAUUUCCAUCCUACGCCUAAGUCAGUCAAAAUAACGCAAAAACAAGCGGAAGAGUUCUCGCCAAAUCCCGCGGACGAACUUCCACAUCCUUGGAAUAGCAUUCAAGCUUUAAAUCUCUCUGUAAAACAGCAUUUGGAUUCCGUGAAUUAA